GGAGCGACGGCCACAAUGGAUCCUCCUUCGGGCUUUGUGCGCUUGUAUCCAACUGUCGCAGCCCCACAGAGCCCCCUGUCCCCCGAGGGCGAGCAUUUCCGGGCCGCCCACCACUCCGCUCCUGCCCUCUGCGUGGCCGCCAGUCCCCAGUCGCUUCCCGAAAUGCCAGUGGAUUUCACCGGGUACUGGAAGAUGCAGAGCAACGAGAAUUUCGAGGAGUACCUGCGCGCGCUGGAUGUCAAUGUGGCCUUGCGCAAAAUCGCCAACUUACUGAAGCCAGACAAAGAGAUAGAGCAGGACGGCGACCAUAUGAUCAUCCGCACGCUGAGCACUUUUAGGAACUACAUCAUGGACUUCGAGGUUGGGAAAGAGUUUGAGGAGGAUCUGACUGGCAUAGAUGACCGCAAGUGCAUGACCACAGUGAGCUGGGAUGGGGACAAGCUCCAGUGUGUGCAGAAGGGCGAGAAGGAGGGGCGCGGCUGGACCCAGUGGAUCGAGGGAGACGAGCUGCACCUGGAGAUGAGAGUACAGGGUGUGGUCUGCAAGCAAGUAUUCAAGAAGGUGCACUGAGGCCCAGACAGAUGACCUCGAUCUGGAGGAAACAGUAGAGUAGCAUGGACCUGGGGCAGAAUCCCUCUCUGCACAGCACGGGGCAGAAAUGUUCAGCCACGCCCAUCACCCGUUAGCAGAGUCUCUCAUUGCCUUUGACUCUUUUCCCUUUUCUUAAAAUGAAGCCAUUCCAAUAAAGGUAAUCUCUGAUAAGACAUCUA